AUGGUGUCAGGCCUGGUCAUCCUCUCAGUCUUCAUUCUCACCUUCCUGAUUGGCCUGCCAGCGAACGCUCUCGCUUUGUUCGCAUUCAUCAAGAAACUGCGCGACAAACCCACUCUCACCGACAUCCUGCUGCUCAACCUGACCAUCUCAGACCUGCUGUUCUUGCUCUUCCUCCCGUUCAAGAUGUACGAGGCGGCAUCCGAGAUGCGCUGGCUCCUCCCAAACUACCUGUGUCCGAUCACCACCUUCGUGUUCUUCUCCACCAUCUAUACCAGCUCGGUGCUGCUGAUGUCCGUCAGCAUUGACCGCUACUUGUGCGUGGCCUUCCCGGUCCAUUACAAGGUUUACCAGAAGCCUCUGUAUGGCCUCAUCUGCAGCCUCUUCAUCUGGAUCACCACGUUGGCUCAUCUCUGCUUCGUCUAUUUCGUGGAACACCUAUCUGAGGGGGAUAAUCCCACCCACAACUGCUACAACAACUUUACCGGGCCCCAGCUGGAUGUGGUUUUGCCCAUGCGCUUGGAGCUUUGCGUCGUGUUGUACAUCCUCCCGCUCAUCGUCUGUACGGUCUGCUACACGAGGUUCAUCCUGAUCCUCAAGCGCACAGCCAGCCUUAACGGAGGGAAGAGGCGCAGGGCCGUAGGCAUGGCCGUGGGUACGCUGCUGGUCUUCGUGGUCUGCUUUCUGCCCUACAACAUCACGCACGUCAUUGGCUUCAUCAUUGAGGACAACGUGACGUGGAGGGACGACGCAUUGCUUCUCACCGCCGUCAACACAAUUUUUGACCCCAUCAUCUUUUACUUCUCCUCAGCCGGCUUCCAAGGAACUCUUAAGAACCUCCUGAGACCCAGGGCGAGGAGGUCUUACCCUGGCAAUGUCAUGCCAACUGUCUACACUAUACAGAAUCAAACGACGCACGUCGAGAAAACGAAAGAGGUAGAGAUCAGCAAUGCACGGCAACUGCAGCCACCACAACAACUUUGA